GGCGGCUGGCGGUCGGAGGGAGCGGACGGUCGGCGUCAUGUUCAGCUGGAUCGGCAAGGACGCGCGGCGCAAGAAGGAGCCCGAGCUCUUCCAGACAGUGAGCGAGGGCCUGAAGCGGCUGUACGCGCAGAAGCUGCUGCCGCUGGAGGAAACCUACCGCUUCCAUGACUUCCACUCGCCCGCGCUGGAGGACGCCGACUUCGACAACAAGCCGAUGGUGCUGCUCGUCGGGCAGUACUCGACCGGCAAGACCACCUUCAUCCGCCACCUCAUCGAGCAGGACUUCCCCGGCAUGCGCAUCGGGCCCGAGCCCACCACCGACUCCUUCAUCGCCGUCAUGUACGGCGAGCAGGACGGCGUGGUGCCCGGCAACGCGCUGGUGGUCGACCCCAAGAAACCCUUCCGCAAGCUCAACGCCUUCGGCAACGCCUUCCUCAACAGGUUUAACUGCGCACAGUUACCUAAUCCAGUUCUAGAGAGCAUCAGCAUCAUUGACACACCUGGCAUCUUAUCUGGAGAGAAACAGCGAAUUAGCAGAGGCUAUGACUUUGCGGCCGUCCUGGAGUGGUUUGCGGAGCGCGUUGACCGCAUCAUCUUGCUCUUCGACGCCCACAAGCUGGACAUCUCCGACGAGUUCUCAGAGGUGAUCAAGGCCAUGAAGAACCACGAGGACAAGAUCCGGGUGGUGCUGAACAAAGCUGACCAGAUUCACACGCAGCAGCUGAUGAGGGUGUACGGGGCCCUCAUGUGGUCCCUAGGAAAGAUCAUCAACACGCCCGAGGUGAUCCGGGUUUACAUCGGCUCCUUCUGGUCCCAGCCACUCCUCAUCGCAGAAAACAGGAAACUCUUCGAGGCGGAGGAGCAGGAUUUGUUCAAGGACAUCCAGAGCCUGCCGAGGAACGCAGCCUUGAGGAAACUAAAUGACCUGAUCAAGAGGGCGCGGCUGGCCAAGGUACACGCCUACAUCAUCUCGUCUCUGAAGAAAGAAAUGCCCAGCGUUUUUGGCAAGGAGAACAAAAAGAAGGAACUUAUCAACAGUCUGGGGGACAUUUACCAGAAGCUCGAGAGGGAGCACCAGAUCUCACCGGGGGACUUCCCCGGACUCAAAAAGAUGCAGGACCACCUCCAGAUGAUGGACUUCACCAAGUUCCAGAACCUGAAGCCCAAGCUGCUGGACAUGGUGGACGACAUGCUGGCCAAUGACAUCGCCCGGCUGAUGACCAUGGUGCGGCAGGAGGAGGCCAUGAUGCCCAAGCAGAUCGUCCACGGUGGCGCCUUUGAGGGCACCAUGAAUGGACCCUUCGGCGCCGGCUACGGCGAGGGGGCCGGCGAGGGCAUCGACGAGGUGGAGUGGGUGGUGGCCAAGGACAAGCCCACCUACGACGAGAUCUUCUACACCCUGUCACCCGUCAAUGGCAAGGUGACCGGCGCCAGCGCCAAGAAGGAGAUGGUCAAGUCCAAGCUGCCCAACACGGUGCUGGGCAAGAUCUGGAAGCUGGCAGACGUGGACAAAGACGGCAUGCUGGACGACGAGGAGUUUGCCCUUGCCAACCACCUGAUCAAGGUCAAACUAGAGGGCCACGAGCUUCCCAACGAACUGCCCGAUCACCUGGUCCCACCAUCCAAGCGGAGACAUGAGUGAUUUUUUUUUCCCCAUCUCCCCCCCCCCCCCAACCCCCUUUCUCCCCCGCCCCAGCACCACCCCUGCAUCGGUGGGACGGAUACCAAAGUGAUCAGGGUCCAGCUCGGGCCAUCGGAUUCCCUCUUUGAUUUCAUACUCGAGCGCUUUAAUGUAAAACAUGGCACAUCUGCAGCUCCGGGGGUCUCUGCUGUAGGGUGCAGAGGAUGAGCUGACCUCUGCCCCACCACCAGCCGGCCCCCAACUCCCUCCCCUGUAAGAUUACUGCACUCAUGGCUUGAGGUUUAAGUGUGUACACACACACACACACACACACACACACACACACACACACACACACACACACACACACACACACACACACACACACACACACACACAAGGGAGUAGUGUGUGUUUGGGGAGGGGUUUUGUUUAACUUUAAACCUCUACCAUUUCAGAUCCUGCACACAUUUUGUACGUUUCACUUACUGCAAGCACCUUCACAGCAACGAAACUUAACACCCAACACCACCUCCAUCCCACAGAGAGAGACACGCGCCUUGUAACCCUUGCAUGCACGUUGCUCCCCCCCCCCCCCACACACACACACACACUCUACCCUUUUUAUAACAUGGAAUUAACAUUGCCACCUUAAUGGGGUAGACAGAGUGAAGGGACUUGUUUUCUGCCCCGUGACGUUUUUAAGUUGAUGAGCCUGUGGCUUGGAGUUUUAGAUUUGCAAAUGGGAGGGGGAGAUUUUGUGGGGGGGGGGGGGGGGGGGGGGGGGGGGGAAUGCUGUGGUGAUGUGUGGAGCGAGGCAGAAUACAUUGACCAGACUCCUGGGACUGUCCCGUAUUGGGCUGUAGGAGGUACUGUUCCCCUGCCCAUUCCAGGGUCAUGCCUUUUUUCCAUUUUUUAUUUUCCCUGCCUUAACUGUGAGCGUAUCGAAUCAAAGACGGCAUCACUGGGUUCGAGAGGAACACGCCUGCAAAAUGUAAACUUGUGUGAAAGUGUACAGUUAACUCUGAAUGUGAUAGAUGUUGCCCCACCCCCUCCCUACCCUUCCCUGGGGAUCCUUGCAUUCCCAGCCGGGGGGAGAGAACUCCCUGCCACCGUGAAUGUUUGGUCGGCAAGAGGUCCUGUGGUGGCAGCUUGUGGUCCUUUCCCAGGAUCAGAUUGCCUGUUGUACAAGCUGCUUGUUUUUCUACACACCCCCCACCCCCCGGCUCUCUCUCCUAACGCGGACUGUCGAAUUAUGGCUGCCUGCAGUGUUGACACCCCAAACACUCUGGCCGCCUGACUGGACCUUUGCAAUGCUAUUGUUUAGUGCAGUGCAGUAACCUGAAUCUGCAGGAGGUGGGGGAGCAGGCCAGGUUUCGCGAUCACUGCCCAGUGGUGCCUGGGUCGGAGAGGACCUGGCUAGGAUUUCUGUUCCCAGACUAAUCCAGGAGUCACUGGGCAAUGAGGGGUUGGGGUGUGAAAUCAGCCAGGGUUCCUGCUCCCCAUCACUGCCCAGUGACCCCUGGGUUAGAGAGACGAGGGGAGGGGGGGGAAUUGGCCAGGGUUCCUGCUCCCUGCCCAGUGACCCCUGGGUUAGAGGGACAGUUGGCCGGCGUUUCUCACUGUAACCACCUGAAGGGUCGCCCUGUCUGUGUUUCAUUGUCUGUAACAGGUCAGCGAUGAGCUAUGUCGUCUCGCCUGCGUGUCGUAAACAUUGGACCUGUCUGUGUAUAAAUAAAGAUUCCACUUUGAAAUCCA